GCCGCCCCCCCGGCCCCAUGAGCCGCGGCCACCGCUCCCGCCCGGCGCUGCGGUGGCGACGGCGACCGGCCGGCUCUGCAUGGCCCCGGCUGUGGAUAUGACCGCCGCGCCCACCGGGGUCCGCAGCGACGAGCUGCCCGCAUCCGCCUUCAGCAAGCCCGGUGGCGGCGGCUGCGGCGGCGGCCUCCCCGUCGCGGCGGCGAUGGGCGGGGAGGAGGAGAGCGACAAGCCCAAGGUCUCCCCGUCCCUGCUGCCGUUCAGCGUGGAGGCGCUCAUGGCCGACCACAGGAAACCCGGCGGCAGGGAGGGUCCCGAGGGCGCCGGGCCCCCGCCGGGCGCCGGUGCGGCCGCCCGCCCCAGCCUCAGCCCCCGCCUGGGCGCCCUGACGGCGGAGGCGCCGGCCUCCCCGCUGCCCCUCGGCGGCCACUUCUCCGUCGGGGGCCUGGUCAAGCUGCCCGAAGACGCCCUGGUCAAGGCGGAAAGCCCCGAGAAGCAGGAGCGGAGCCCCUGGAUGCAAAGCCCGCGGUUCUCGCCGCCUCCCCCAAGGCGGCUGAGCCCCCCAGCCUGCACCCUGCGCAAGCACAAGACGAACAGGAAGCCCCGGACGCCCUUCACCACGGCCCAGCUGCUGGCCCUGGAGAGGAAGUUUCGGCAGAAGCAGUACCUGUCCAUCGCCGAGCGUGCCGAGUUCUCCAGCUCCCUCAGCCUCACCGAGACCCAGGUGAAGAUCUGGUUCCAGAACCGCCGCGCCAAGGCCAAGCGGCUCCAGGAGGCCGAGCUGGAGAAGCUGAAGAUGGCAGCCAAGCCCAUGCUCCCGCCCGCUGCUUUCGGCAUCUCCUUCCCACUGGGUGGCCCGGCCGUGGCCGGUGCCUCCCUGUACGGUGCCUCCAGCCCUUUCCAGCGGGCAGGGCUGCCCGUGGGUCCUGUGGGACUGUACACAGCACAUGUGGGAUACAGCAUGUACCACCUCACAUGAGGUGGUACUGAGUCCCGCCGAGCCCAGCCUGCUGGCCAUCCACUCCCACGGGCUCCGUACGCACUCCCUCCCUACUCCUUUGGCUCCUCGCUGUGGACUUCCCCACGGGCCCCAUGGCAGAGACUUCUUCAG